CUUACAUCAACGUGACGGAUUUUCCGAUUUGCACACGAAGUUGCAUCUCGUGUGCAAUAUACUUUAUCAACUCGACUGUCAAAUGAUGAGCAAGAGGGAAGGAGGCAAACUACACUUUGUCAUUGUUUUUAAUUCGUUGAGCAAAGUACCACUGUGCGCAUAUAAAAAAUGUUUAAACCCUUUUUUCCGAGAACAACUGCGUUAUGUUUUGUGAGAAGGAUGUGUACGCCAGCCACCCCGCCUCCGACACCGGCUUCAAGCUCGUCUUCUGGUUCUAUGUCCGCAAGAUACCGACCAACUAAUUUCCAGAAGUUUAUCCUUGUUUGGACCAAGAAGUAUAAAAGCAAGGAGGAAAUCCCGACAUUUGUCUCAGCAGAAAUUAUUGAAAGGUCCCGCAGUGAAGCUCGCAUAAAAAUCUCAAAUGUGCUAAUGCUCCUGACUGCGCUCGCAAGUUUUGGCGCCAUUAUGGCAGGAAAAGCAGCUGCAAAAAGAGGAGAAUCUGUCCAUCAGAUGAACAUGGACUUCCACAAACAAUAUAGAGCCGAGCAGGCCGAAAAGGAAGCAGCUGCUGCUGCUAAGUAGAACAUGAGAAGUCAUGCCAUAAGUGUUGUGUGCUUUAGAUAUUAUUAGAUUAAGUAUUGAAUACAAUAAAACCACUGUUAACUCAAAUCUAUUUAUAAUAUAUACACUAAAGGAUCAAAAACAAUUUUUUCAAUUCUCAGUCUUCAUAAGUUGUCAGGCUUGUAAUAGCUUCUACACUUCUCUGUAAACAGCUUUGUUGUUUUUUCACGGAUCACCUCUUCCACGCUCAGUUCAGUUUGCAGAAGGCGAAGCUGUGAAGAAACCGAUAUUUAUAAGAAAUAAGAAUAAUGUAUUUUAAUACUUAAUAAAUGUAUAUAUUUUAAAA